CGUCUCUGUCCUUUUCUCUCUGGACGCCAUUAGGGCAACAGUACAUCAGUGUUGUGUGCCAGAGAAACAACAGAGCUACCAACAUGCCGAACUUUACGAUAGACCAGAUCCGUUCCAUCAUGGACAAAAAGCAUAACAUACGCAACAUGUCUGUUAUUGCUCAUGUCGAUCAUGGAAAGUCUACACUAACAGAUUCUUUGGUCAGCAAAGCAGGAAUUAUUGCAUCAGCAAAAGCUGGUGAAGCAAGGUUUACCGACACCAGGAAGGAUGAACAAGAACGUUGCAUCACCAUCAAAUCAACGGCCAUCUCUAUGUACUAUGAACUGAGGGAUGAAGAUUUGGCAUUUAUAGAGGGUGAACGAGAGGGCAAGGGCUUCUUGAUUAACCUGAUUGAUUCACCAGGACAUGUAGAUUUCUCAUCAGAAGUCACAGCUGCUUUACGUGUAACUGAUGGUGCCCUUGUUGUUGUAGACUGCGUUAGUGGUGUCUGUGUCCAGACUGAGACAGUGCUGCGACAAGCUAUCAGCGAACGUAUUAAGCCUGUUCUUUUCAUGAACAAAAUGGAUCGUGCAUUACUAGAACUUCAGUUGGAGAAAGAAGAUCUUUACCAGACCCUUCAACGAAUUGUGGAGAGCAUCAACGUGAUUGUGGCAACUUAUGCUGAUGAAGACGGUCCAAUGGGAAAUAUUCAGGUGUAUCCUGAGAAAGGUACUGUGGGAUUUGGUUCAGGACUUCAUGGCUGGGCAUUUACUCUAAAGCAGUUUGCAGAAAUUUAUAGCCAAAAGUUUAAGAUUGAACCAGCAAAGCUUAUGAAACGACUAUGGGGGGACCAGUUCUAUAAUCCGUCAACAAAGAAGUGGAACAAGUCUGAAGGAGAUGGCUUUGUUCGUGGGUUUAACCAGUUUGUCUUGGACCCAAUAUACAAGAUGUUUGAUGCAAUCAUGAAUUUCAAGAAAGAGGAAACUGCUAAACUGCAUGGAAAGUUGAAUAUUAAACUAUCUGCAGAGGAGAAAGAACUUGAGGGUAAACCGCUGUUAAAGGUAACCAUGAAGAAGUGGCUCCCAGCUGGAGACGCCCUGCUUCAGAUGAUCACCAUCCAUCUGCCUUCUCCAGUGAGGGCUCAGAAGUACCGCAUGGAGAUGCUUUACGAGGGACCUCAUGAUGACCCUGUUGCCCUUGGAAUAAAAAACUGUGACCCCCAGGGUCCACUUUGUCUUUAUGUCUCCAAGAUGGUUCCAACUGUAGACAAAGGUCGCUUCUAUGCCUUUGGGCGUGUCUUUUCAGGAAUAGUUUCAACAGGACAGAAAGUACGCAUCAUGGGCCCAAAUUAUGUACCUGGAAAGAAAGAAGAUUUGUAUCAAAAGAGCAUCCAAAGGACUAUUUUGAUGAUGGGCCGUUACAUUGAAGCCAUUGAGAAUGUUCCUUGUGGCAACAUCGUGGGGCUUGUGGGAGUGGAUAACUUUUUGGUCAAGACUGGUACCAUUACAACCUAUGAUAAUGCCCACAAUUUAAAGAUGAUGAAGUUCUCAGUAUCACCUGUUGUUCGUGUAGCUGUCGAGGCAAAGAACCCAUCUGAUUUGCCUAAGUUGGUGGAAGGUCUUAAGCGACUUGCAAAGUCUGAUCCAAUGGUGCAGUGUUCAACUGAAGAGAGUGGGGAACACAUUGUGGCAGGAGCUGGAGAACUACAUUUGGAAAUCUGUCUGAAGGAUUUAGAGGAAGACCAUGCCUGCAUUCCUCUCAAGAAAUCAGAUCCAGUGGUAUCCUACCGUGAGACAGUUACAGAGGAAUCCAACCAAACGUGCCUUUCAAAGUCACCAAACAAGCAUAACCGACUGUUUAUGAAAGCAGCUCCUUUUCAGGAAGGUCUGGCUGAAGAUAUAGACAGUGGAGAUGUAAGCCACAAACAGGAUUUUAAAGAACGUGCCAGAGUUUUAACUUCCAAGUAUGGGUGGGAUGGAACAGAGGCCCGUAAGAUUUGGUGCUUUGGGCCUGAGGCAACUGGUCCAAAUAUGGUGGUUGACUGCACAAAAGGAGUGCAAUAUCUGAAUGAAAUCAAGGAUAGUGUUGUAGCAGGAUUCCAGUGGGCGAUGAAAGAAGCUCCUCUCUGUGAAGAACAUGCACGUGGUGUGAGGUUCAACAUCCACGAUGUCACUCUUCAUGCUGAUGCUAUUCACCGGGGUGGUGGGCAGAUUAUUCCAACUGCUCGUCGCUGUUUCUUAGCCUGCAUGCUGACUGCCAAGCCAGCACUCCUGGAACCAGUUUAUUUGUGUGAAAUUCAGUGUCCUGAGACUGCUGUUGGAGGCAUUUAUGGAGUGUUGAACAGGAGACGAGGGCAUGUUUUUGAGGAAGGCCCAAUUGCUGGAACUCCCAUGUUCAUUGUUAAGGCCUAUUUGCCUGUUAAUGAGUCUUUUGGUUUCACUGCUGAUCUUCGCUCCAACACUGGUGGCCAGGCCUUCCCGCAAUGUGUGUUUGACCACUGGGAGCUAAUGCGAGAUGAUGCUACAGAGCCCACGACAAGGUCUGGAAAAAUAGUGGCUGAAACAAGGAAGAGGAAAGGUCUGUCAGAAGAUAUACCACCUUUGGAUAGGUUCCUGGAUAAACUAUGAAGUGGGUUUUAUACUCCUCGAAGUAAACACCAGUUGAAUUAGCGACUGAGGACGUUGCCAACAUUAUCUUAACCAACUAAGAAACUAAGCGAAUAAUAAAGAAGUUCAGUUAUCGUAGUUUAUGUAUGUCAUCUACUUUGCAGUGACGGGCAUCGUGACAGAUGUUUCUGGAAUUUUAAAGGCUGUUUGCUACAGCCACAGAAAUCAAUAAAAUGCUAUGUAGCUUUGC